GCCCCAGCCGCCAGUGCUGGUGGCCGCCGCCGCUGCCGAUCCCGAGCGGACGCCUCUGGUCCCGCGCGUCGCUGCUUCCUAGGGCGGCGGUAUGCUGGGGAAAGGGGUAGUCGGCGGUGGCGGCGGCACCAAGGUGCCCAAGGCCUCCUUCGUGUCGUACGUGCGCCCUGAGGAAAUUCACACAAAUGAGAAGGAAGUAACAGAGAAGGAAGUAACUCUUCACUUGUUGCCAGGUGAACAGCUGCUUUGUGAAGCCAGCACAGUGCUGAAGUAUGUCCAGGAAGAUUCCUGUCAGCGUGGGAUCUAUGGGAAACUUGUCUGCACAGACUUUAAGAUUGCUUUCUUGGGCGAUGACGAAUCGGCACUGGAUAAUGAUGAAACCCAAUUUAAGAAUGAGGUUAUAGGAGAAAAUGACAUCACACUCCACUGUGUUGAUCAGAUUUAUGGAGUGUUUGAUGAGAAAAAGAAACCUCUCUUUGGACAACUGAAGAAAUACCCUGAGAAACUCAUCAUCCACUGCAAAGACCUGCGAGUGUUCCACUUUGGUCUGAGGUACACAAAAGAAGAGGAAGUCAAAAGGAUUGUCAGUGGCAUAAUUCAUCAUACCCAGGCUCCUAAACUGCUUAAAAGAUUAUUUCUGUUUUCCUAUGCAGCUGCUGCACAAAACAAUACAGCCACCGAUCCCAAGAACCAUACUGUAAUGUUUGACACACUUAAGGACUGGUGUUGGGAAUUGGAGCGGACCAAAGGCAACGUCAAGUACAAAGCAGUGAGUGUCAAUGAAGGCUAUAAAGUCGGUGAAAGAUUGCCAGCAUACUUUGUUGUCCCCACCCCUCUUCCUGAAGAGGACGUGCGAUGCUUUCAGGGUCGCGGCAUACCAAUCCUAAUUUACAAGACCAUCCACAGGCCACCCUAUGAAAUUGUUAAAACCGAAGACCUGUCCAGCAACUUCCUGUCGCUUCAGGACAUCCAGACUGCAUACUCUAGAUUUAAACAGCUCUUUCUGAUAGAUAAUAGUACCGAAUUUUGGGACACAGAUAUAAAAUGGUUUUCUCUGUUGGAAAGCAGCAGCUGGCUUGACAUAAUCAGACGUUGCCUGAAAAAAGCAAUAGAGAUUACAGAAUGUCUAGAAGCACAAAACAUGAACGUUCUUCUUUUAGAGGAGAACGCUUCCGACCUCUGCUGCCUCCUUUCCUCUCUGGUGCAAGUGAUGAUGGACCCCCACUGCAGAACCAGGGUUGGUUUCCAGAGCCUCGUCCAAAAGGAGUGGAUCAUGGGUGGGCACUGUUUCCUGGAUCGCUGCAACCACCUCCGUCAGAGUGACAAAGAGGAGGUUCCUGUGUUCCUGCUUUUCUUGGAUUGUGUCUGGCAGCUGGUGCACCAGCAUCCCCCAGCAUUUGAUUUCACAGAGACUUACCUGACUGUUUUGUCAGAUAGUUUGUACAUACCUAUUUUUAGCACCUUCUUCUUCAAUUCGCCUCAUCAAAAAGAUAUUAACAUGGGUAGGGAAAGCCAAGAUACACAAAGCAAGCCUUUGAAUCUGCUCACCGUGUGGGAUUGGUCCGUACAGUUCGAAUCUAAAGCCCAGAUGUUGCUCAAAAACCCUCUUUAUGUGGAAAAGCCAAAACUGGACAAAGGCCAGCGGAAAGGAACGCAUUUGAAACAUCAACGACAACUUUCUUUACCACUUACCCAAUCUAAAUCAUCUCCCAAAAGAGGAUUUUUCAGGGAAGAAACAGAUCAUUUAAUUAAAAACCUUCUGGGCAGGAGAAUUAGCAAAUUAAUUAAUUCUUCUGAUGAGCUGCAAGACAACUUUCGAGAGUUCUAUGAAAGCUGGCACAGCAAGCCCACGGACUACCACGGUCUGUUGCUGCCUCACAUCGAGGGGCCAGAAAUCAAAGUCUGGGCCCAGCGCUAUUUGCGCUGGAUUCCAGAAGCCCAAAUUCUGGGUGGCGGCAGAGUGGCCACCAUGAGCAAACUCUUGGAAAUGAUGGAGGAAGUAGAGCACUUACAAGAGAAAGUCGAUGAGAGACACCACAGCCAGGGGGCCCUCCCGGCAGAGGCCCCCCCUUUGCUGAGGAGCUCUGCCCGCUUGUCCUCUUUGUUUCCUUUCGCUCUGCUGCAGCGACACUCCUCGAAGCCAGUCUUGCCCACCAGUGGCUGGAAAGCUUUGGGUGAUGAAGACGAUCUGGCCAAACGAGAAGAUGAGUUUGUGGAUCUGGGGGAUGUGUGACCCGUCUGCUCAGUGAUUGUGAAGGAGGAACGGUGAGGGCUGGGACAGGAGUCGAACACGUUUGAUCUCCGGAUUAGUGGGUCAUGCUGAAGCUUACUGCUGCGGGGCGCGGGGAGGCAUUAGUCCAGGGCUCUGUAGCGGGAAGCCUGGACCUUCAGGAAAAGAGCUGGUUCUCGUGGUUUUUUCAUGCUCCUGAAAGACUAUGCAAUUAAAACCGUAUCUCUAGUAUUAUUAAUUGAAAGGAGUUACUACUUGACCCAUAAUAGAACUGGCCAUUGUUUGAUGCGUAAGUAUUAUACAGAACCUGCAGUGGCGGGUUUACUACUAGAAAGGGCUUUGGUCAGACAUUCUUGGACUCGAUACUUUCUUCAGAUCUUUUCUGUGCCAAGAUAAUUUUUUUUUUUUUUGUGCCGAGAUAAUUUAUCUAGUCGUUGGGAAGAGUGUGUGUCUCUCUACCCAUCUUUAGUUGGAGCAGGUUCAGCUUUAUUCAGUGUGUGUAUGGCAAAUUGAAAGACUCACAUAGAGGUAUUAAGAUGUAUGGCAUUCAUUUAACCCAUAGCAUUUUUCCCUUCUACAUCCUCUCGCCUGAGAAAAGCUGGGGAAAUUCCAUCCAUGUCACCCAUCCUGACAUUUCUGGCCAUCCCCCCUCUUGCAUAGACUGUGUCACUUUGUGCGGGGCUGGUGGGCUAGCCAGCCAGCCCCACCGCCCUUUCCGUGUGCUGACAGCUCCAGGUCUCCCUCUGCCCACUCCGUCCCCCUCACUGCCGUCCCCACGCUCCCUGCUGUGGUGCACCGAGUCCCAGGAUCUUGCUGCUAAAUCUGUUGGUUAAACUGAAAGUGCUUUGCCUUUUUCUAACAGUGUGCCGAGGCUUGGGGCCAUUUGUGCCCAUGGUCCUCCGCCGCAGCCCUCACGCGGUCUCCCCAAAGUCUCUGUAACCACGCAGGCGUGAGCAGGAUCACUUCUGAACGUGGCUUCCGUAGGGAGGCCAAGAAGUAUGAAUAGCAGAGGUGAUGGUUCUCCUACAGUACCUCAACGAUUUCAAAGCCAUAGAAGAAACUUGAUUAUGCCUGGUCACCUUGGAUCUGCUGUCUAAAUGGUAUAUAUAUUUUUAAAUGCAGGAAAGUACACUUUUAAGGACCAGUUUUUUCUUUCUCAGUGGAACUCUGUUAAAACCCACAAAAGGAAGGGGGGGGAAACUAAUGUUAGAACGUUUCAAAUUGAAUGUUUGCCUUUUAUAUACAUUUGCUCUCCAGUGUAGAUCCCAAUUUGAAUGUUACAUGUUUAGAAAAAGUUCAGUUGCUUGAGGGCAGUAAGAAAUUUGGAAACUAUUGACAAAGAAGUUUCUCAGUUUGCACUGAAUCGUCUUUUUGUAUGUACAAGAAAUUGCUUUGCUGUUCUCCCCAUUCCACGUUGACACGUGAGCCAGGUUGGCCUGUUAAAAUGACAGAGGCUGAGAGGGCAGGAUUCAUGCAUUGGGGGCCAAACGCAUGUCCGGUCUUGGUUGCCUUAAGAGUCUCACUAGUGAUUUCAGUGUUAGGCUUGCAGUAGGGAUUUUAAAAAUACACUAGUUCAUUAGCUACCUUAACAUACGUUCUGUGGGCCUUCUUAAACUAGCACUAACCUCCACUUCUCUGCCCCACUGCCUCCCAAAUACACUAUGGAGCUAACUAUUUUUGUUACCAUAUUAUAACGUGAAUAUUUAUACAAUAGCCUCUUCAAUCUUAGAAUCUUAGUAAUUUUCAUUCCAAAAAUGCCUGGUGUGAUGCUUUACACUCCACAAAGUAUGGUUUAAAGGCACAAGGUCAUGGCCCUUGUCAUAGCGGUUGAAUGUGUGUUGAAAUAUUUUUCUAUGAUUUUUUUUAAAAAAAGUACAAUAGAAAAAUAAGCUGUUGUAACAUGUGAGGUCAUGACAAUUUAUGUAUUUAUAUUUGAAAUCAGAUUUCUAUAAACUUGUAUUUGUGUACAGAAUUCUCAGUGGGUUUAUAUAUUGUGACAUUUUUAUUCAAGAUUGAGAUAUGGAUUAUGCUUAACAGUAAAAGCUGAAAUGAGACCAUUUACUUUGUUUAAAAUGCUGCACUGUGCAAAUUUGGAAAUGUACAUUAAUUUACUGUAUAUAAUAUCUUGAGUUUGUUUAUACCUCCAAGUUUUUACACUGAAAAUAAAUUAGCUUUAAAAACAUUCAAAACUUUUUUUUAAAGGGAAUAAGCUGUUGGGCUAUUAUCUGUAUAAACGUGAUUUCUAUUUUCCCAAUGUACAAUGAACGUUUAUACUUGUAUCUCACUGCAUCAUAUCUGAUUGCAGAAAUUAAAGCACAAUUUACAAGCAA